UUGCUGGCCUUCAGCCAGCUAUGGGUGCCCACGCAAGGCCUCUCCUUGCGGCGCCCAGACGCAGCUGUGAAGGGCGGGACCUCUGGGUCGGAGGCCCCCUGCGCAGCGCCGAUUACAAGCUGCCUGCCUGCGCGCGCGGCGCCCAGGACGCCCCACUGCCAAGAUGGGGCUGACCGAGGAAGACAAGCAGCGCGUGCGGGCCAUCUGGGUCCCCGUGAGCAGACACGCCGAAGCCGUGGGCGUCGAGGUGCUCACCAGGCUGAUGGCGGCGCACCCCACCACCAAGACCUACUUCCACCACCUCGACCUCUCGCCGGACUCGGCCCAGCUGAAGGCGCUGGGCAAGAAGGUGGUGGACGCGCUCAGCUGCGCCGUCGAGAACCUGGACGACCUGCCCGGCGCCCUCGGCCAUCUUAGCGAGCUGCACGCCUUCCAGCUGCAGGUGUCGCCCAGCAGCUUCGAGUGCCUUAACCACUGCAUCCUGGUGACCGUCGGUGCCCACAGCCGCGGCUCCCUCGACCCGGCGCUUCUCCUUUCCGUGGACAAAUUCCUGGACAGCGUCGCCCGCGUCCUGACCUCCUGCCACCGCUAGGCAGGGCAAGACGGGCUUGCCCGGGCGCCCUCCCCGUCUUCUCCCUCCUAAUAAAGCUUUGGGCUCUUUCAAGUGCA